AUGACUAAGCUCGAAGACUACCUGGAAGGAAUCGUCAACAUCUUCCACCAGAAUUCAGUCAAAGUGGGGCAUGCUGACACUCUCAGCAAGGGCGAGUUGAGCCAGCUGAUCACACAGGAAAUGCCUAACAUCCUCAAGCAAUUCCAAGAUCGAAAUCCUAUUGACAAAAUAUUCCAAGAACUGGAUAUAGAUAGAGAUGCAAUCGUCAACCUUGAUGAAUUUAUAAAGCUGGUGUCCAAGGUGCUAGUGACAGCCCAUAACAAUAAACACAGACCAUAUUAA